AUGGCAACGUUUGAGGGUGAAAAGAGUGUCAGCGUUACAUACAUUCUGUGGUUCUUCCUGGGCGUGUUCGGGGCCCAUAGAUUCUAUCUCAGGCGCUGGUGCACUGCUGUUUUGUGGCUUUUGACAGGAGGCAUCCUUGGGAUAGGCUGGCUCGUCGAUCUGUUUCUGAAUGCACGUAUGGUCGAAUUAUAUAACAAAGCCGUCCAUGAGAACAACGCUAACGUAAUAUCAUUAGCUACCCAAGGUCAGAACACUAAAACAAGCACCUCCUAUCUUUCUGAGUGCACUCCUCUAGUUUAG